CUCCACCAAUUGUCUGGGUGCUGAGAGGUUGCUCGGCGGUUGGACCCCACCUUCCUUCGGUCUUUCUCUCUGCUGUGUCCCGUCUCUCCCUUCCUCUUGUGUGCAGCAGUUUCUCCUCCCCUUGCUGUGAGAGAACACACCUGCUCGAUUUUGGCAGAGUCCAAUUACCUCGUGGGCCUUCUCAGUCUCAUCCUCACAGCUCCAGUGGAUUUCGGGAGUCAAAGCUCAUUUCAACAGCUUCAACUCUCUUCGUCCAUCCUCUGAGAACAGGCUCCCUUUCAGCAGCACCAUGAGGUCAGCCUGUCUCUUCCUGCUUCUGGUCACCGCCUGCUGGGCUCUGCCCUUCCGCCAGUCAGGAUUCCUAGACUUCAUGAUGGAGGAUGACCCCGGAUCGGGGGUGACAGAGGUACCAGAAGGACGUGGACUCCCUGACGUAGAUUUAGGACCGGAUUGCCCCUUUAUGUGUCAGUGCCAUCUCCGUGUGAUCCAGUGCUCUGACCUCGGGUUGAAGAAAGUUCCUGAGAAAAUCCCAAAGGAUACAAGCCUGCUGGACCUGCAGAACAACAAGAUCACUGAAAUCAAGGAGAAUGAUUUUAAGGACCUACAGGGACUACAAACUCUGAUUCUGGUGAACAACAAAAUCACCACUAUCCAUCCGAAAGCUUUCAGCUCUCUGGGCAAGCUCCAGCGCCUCUACCUGUCAAAAAAUCUCCUGAAGGACGUGCCCGUCAACAUGCCCAAGAGCCUGCAGGAGCUCCGCAUCCACGAGAAUGAGAUUGUAAAGAUCAAAAAGGCCUCCUUCCAGGGCAUGUCUAACGUCAUAGUCAUGGAGCUUGGGUCCAACCCCCUGAAGAGCGCAGGAGUUGAAGCUGCAGCUUUUGCUGACCUGAAAAAGGUCUCCUACAUCAGAAUUGCUGACACCAACAUCACUGAGAUCCCCAAAGGUCUUCCCAGCUCCCUCUCUGAGCUUCACUUGGAUGGAAACAAAAUUACCAAAGUGACAUCAGACAGGCUAAAAGGCCUGAAGAACCUGGCCAAGCUUGGUUUAAGCUAUAAUGAAAUCAGCUCUGUAGAAAAUGGCUCACUGGCCAACGUCCCCCACUUGCGAGAACUUCACCUGGACAACAACGCCCUGACCAGCGUUCCCCCUGGUUUACCCGACCAUAAAUACAUCCAGGUGGUCUAUCUCCACUCCAACAAGAUUGCUGCUGUGGGAACAGAGGACUUCUGUCCUCCUAACUUCAACACCAAAAAGGCCAUGUACUCCGGCAUUAGCCUGUUCAGCAAUCCUGUGCCUUACUGGGAAGUUCAGCCCAUCACCUUCCGCUGCGUCUUCGACCGCACCGCCAUUCAACUCGGAAACUACAGGAAGAAGUAGAGCGUCCAGACAGCCCGCUUUGAGGAAGCGCGUGUUUGUAAAUGAGUGUACGAACGUUUUGAGCGUGUGCAUGUUUGACUAUAGCCGGACGACACUGACCAUCCACCCUUUCUACAACUGCCACCCCAAACAGUAAUGACAUUACUAACACCAUGCUGUCAGAACAUCACUUCCUGUUAUCUGAAAAUAUUAAACACAUAUCCCGGAGAACAUUAAUAGAUAAAAACUGCAUUUGUGAAACUAAAGAAAAGGCAUUCCAGUUAUGUUUUUCCAAGCACUCACUAGAUUGGAAAAAGUCAAAAUAUAUUUAAAGAAAAACCUAAAUGAUAAAUGAAGUUUCUCUCUGGAAAAAAGUAAUGAACUUCAGUUUGGUAAGGGUUUUUUUGGACUUUUAUCUCUUUUAAAUUACACUUGCCUGUGGAGCAGGCCCCUUUCACAACCUUUCUGCUAGAUGUGUGUAGCACAAAAAUUUGUUUUCCAUGUAUUAUUAUCCAAAUGAACUCCGCAAAAAGACCUGAACUCUUUAUUGUAUCCACUUCUGCCAUUGCCUGUGUUUUCUUCUGUAGUGUUCUACUUCACCUUUUCUUCAUGUCAUCCCCUUUAUUAAGUGUGUAAUUUUCCUAAAGCAAGGUGAAAGCAGCAACUAAAAAUGCAGAAUAAACCAUAUACAUUUUAAACAGAAGUAAUUUCCAAAGAAUGUGCAUCUUCUUGACUCUUAACAAGAGCUUUAUGAACUAUUCUGUUUGUUUUCCUCAUUGCUUUUGUGACCUUUAUUACUUUAGCAGUAAUUCAAGGGCGUUUCCAUGACACCCUUGUUUUUGUGGAUGUUGUAUGUAAAGAUGCUGUAUAUAAAUGCUGUGUAAAAACAACAAUACUUCUCAUUGCUUAAAAAGGCACAAGAUUUCUUGUCACCAACAAAAGGUCUUCCUCUCGUCUUCCAGGAGCAGGCGCUCCAGCUAAGGCGUCCAGGAAAAAAUAAACUCCAGAUGGAAAAA